AUGGGAAAUUGGAGAGUUUACUAAUAGUAUGGGAGAGUUGGAGACAGGAAGAAUUGUAUUGAGCCGUGAGCGUGGCGGACGUGUUUCUGCUGUGACGAGGAUCAGAUUCGGGAAAAAAGAUAAGCGAAUAGUUUUGGAGCAUCGGUGUUCAUAUGCGAGCAGUGAGGAACACUAUAUUCUGGCGACGAGGAUUUUCAACGAAACUGAAGAUGGAUGAGAGCCGCCCAUUGCCUAUGUUUAAAUGCGAGCAGAUCGAAAGCGGCCGUCUGGCCAAUGAAUGGAAAGAAUGGAAGGGUGCAUUGGAAUGCUACUUCGAUUCAUUCCAGAUAACGGAUGAGAAAAUGAGACGUGCUAAAAUGCUUCACUUGGGAGGACCCCAACUACAGAAAGUAUUCAGGAGCCUCGAUGGAACUGAAGAUUUUCCCGUGGUUUUAUUGGAAAAGCCGUGGUACAGCAAAGCAGUUGAAUGCUUAAAUGCGUUUUUUAAACCACGUCGGCAGGAAGUACUGGAGAGGUAUAAGCUUCGGAAGAUGAAGCAAGGCGUCAACGAACGAUUCCCUCAGUUCGUCCUACGUUUGCGUCAACAACUUGCUGAUUGUGGUCUGGACAAAUAUCCUCAUGAAGUGCGGGCACCGAUAGAAGAGAUGAUGCUAACUGAUGUAAUCGUAGAAGGAUGUUCGUCUCAAGAACUCCGACGUCGUAUUCUGGAGAAAGAUCAGUCCCUCGCUGACAUCGAGUCCUUGGGAGUAUCGUUGGAAAGUGUAAGAUCUCAAGAAAAAGAAAUAAGCACUGCUUCACCACGACCGGAUCCACAGCAAUUUGAAAUACGAAAAAUACAGAAACUCGACACGAAUCAGUUUUUCAAAAACAAAAAUCGUAUCGUCGGUCGCUUCCAUAAUAAAGCCGUUUUCAAAGGAAGUGCAGUCAUGAAUUGUUAUUCAUGUGGUCAGCAGGGACAUAUAUCGAAUACACCCACUUGCCCAGCGAAAGGAAAGACAUGUCACCGCUGUGGGCGCCUUGGUCAUUUCGAGAAAGUUUGCCGAAAACGUUCAAGAGAGAACCAAGCUUCGAUAAGCCCGAAAAUGGUUCCGUCAGCUGGAGUCCGUGCAAUUGACUCCAUUCCAAUACAGCAAGUCAAUGCCAGUAAGGAUGAACUUCCAUCAGCAAAUCAGGAUAAAAAAGUGUACUACUCAUUUCAUCUGGGAAAUAGCAGCAAUGUGAUUGAUUGCAUAAUUGGCGGAAUCGAUAUUGAAAUGUUCGUCGAUUCUGGAUCGGACGCAAACCUGAUCACUGCAGAUUCAUGGGAGCUAUUGAAGACUAAACGUGUCGACGUGCAUUGUUGUCAGAAGGGCAGCUCUAAAAUACUGAAAGCGUAUGGAAGUCAAACUCCUUUAGAUAUCCUCGGAACAUUCAGCGCCUCCAUCACCGUCGGUGGUCGAACGGUCAACGCCGAUUUUUUCGUCGUUGUUAAAGGUCAACGAAACCUUCUUGGAGACACAACUGCAAAAGAACUUGGAGUCCUCAAAAUUGGAAUGGAUAUUUGUCGAGUUGCCAAACCAAUCGACCAGGCGCUGUCACCUUUUCCGAAGAUAAAGGAUGUGCAAGUCCAUAUCCAGAUGGAUCCAAACAUUGUACCGGUAUUUCAACCGCUCCGUCGAAUUCCUAUUCCACUGGAGGAUGCUGUCAAUAAAAAGCUGGAUGACCUAUUGGCAAGGGAUAUCAUCGAGAAGAAGACAGGCCCAGCAACCUGGGUCUCUCCCUUAGUGGUUGCAAAUAAGGCGAACGGCGAAAUAAGGCUCUGUGUUGACUUGAGGCGUGUGAAUCAAGCAGUAAUCCGUGACCGCCAUCCAAUGCCGGUAAUAGAAGACGUGCUGGCUAAAGUAGGGCGAGGAAAUGUGUGGAGCACGUUGGACGUCAAAGAUGCCUUUUUCCUAUUGGAACUGGAUGAAGCAUCCAGGGAUGUCGUAACCUUCAUAUCGCAUCGAGGCCUUUACCGAUUCAAGCGUUUGCCUUUUGGCCUCGUGUCCGCUCCCGAGAUAUUUCAGCGCACAAUGGACGAGAUGCUCGCUGACUGUGAGGGAGCAUAUUGGUAUCUCGACGAUGUAGGAGUUGAAGGUCGUACCGUAGAAGAGCAUGACUCUCGUUUAAAAAAGGUAUAA